GUUUGCUGCAAAUGCAAAACUGAAGUCCAUCUUUGCACCUCUUACUUACCAAGGGGCUUCAGUGUCUUCUUGCUUUCAGUUCCUGGCUUACCUCAAACCUCUCUUCUCAAAAGGUCUGUACUGCUUCUGGCGAUGCAUCCCAAGAGGCGGCUAUGUUGGUAUUUCCCUGCUUUUGGUGCGUGGGCAUUCAUGUUCACAUUCUUAAUUACAGACACCACAGCGUGCGAGUCAGAGGAACGGCUAUUUCACAAACUCUUCUCCCACUACAACCAGUUCAUCAGGCCGGUGGAAAAUGUAUCUGAUCCUGUCACAGUGCACUUUGAAUUGGCCAUCACCCAGCUUACAAAUGUGGAUGAAGUCAAUCAGAUUAUGGAAACCAAUUUGUGGCUAAGACACAUUUGGAAUGACUACAAAUUGCGAUGGGAUCCCAGAGAAUAUGAUGGAAUUGAAUUUGUUCGGGUACCAGCAGAUAAAAUCUGGAAACCAGAUAUAGUCUUAUACAAUAAUGCUGUGGGAGAUUUUCAAGUUGAAGGCAAGACCAAAGCCCUCCUUCGCUACGAUGGAAUGAUCACCUGGACCCCCCCAGCUAUAUUUAAAAGCUCCUGUCCCAUGGAUAUUACUUUUUUCCCAUUUGAUCAUCAGAACUGUUCCUUGAAAUUUGGCUCAUGGACUUACGACAAAGCCAAAAUUGACCUUUUGAUCAUUGGCUCCAAAGUAGAUAUGAAUGAGUUUUGGGAAAAUAGUGAGUGGGAAAUAGUUGAUGCUUCUGGCUACAAACAUGACAUCAAAUAUAACUGCUGUGAAGAGAUCUACACAGAUAUAACAUAUUCAUUUUAUAUUCGAAGGUUGCCAAUGUUCUACACCAUAAAUUUGAUUAUUCCCUGCCUCUUCAUCUCAUUCCUGACUGUGCUAGUUUUUUACCUGCCAUCUGACUGUGGUGAGAAGGUGACUCUUUGCAUCUCUGUGUUGCUUUCUUUGACUGUAUUUUUACUAGUAAUCACAGAAACAAUUCCAUCUACCUCUUUAGUAAUACCUCUUGUGGGUGAAUAUUUGCUCUUCACGAUGAUAUUUGUGACUCUCUCCAUCGUCAUCACCGUGUUUGUCCUAAAUAUACAUUACAGAACUCCAACUACACACACAAUGCCCAAAUGGGUGAAAACUGUCUUUCUUAGCCUGCUCCCCAAGGUUCUGUUGAUGCAGCGGCCUCUAGAACAGGAGAAAAAAAACAUCUCCAAAGAGACCAAGAAAGGAUCAGCCAAAACACCGGGCAAAGCAAAGCACAGCAAACACAAAGAUAAUAAAUUACAUAAGGAGCACCGCUGUUGUCUCUGUGAUAAAGCAGCUGAACUCACCUCAACCAAAAGAAGUCGACUGAGUCAUCAGUCAUUGAAAUGGAUGGCAGAGCACACAGAGUACUCCCCCGAAGUGAAAGAUGUCAUCAACAAUGUUCAGUUCAUCGCAGAGAACAUGAAGUCUCAAAAUGAAACCAAAGAGGUAAGGGAGGUAGCCACCAGGCUGGGCAUAAGGUCACGCUUGCAGAAUUCCAUGGGAGAAUAGCAAGCAAGGCAAACAACUGUGAUGUAGGGUUUCAGUAUGUGUUUCAGUAUGGUGUUUUUCUGACAAUUUUUUAUAUU